AUGCCCUUCACAAAUCCUUGGUUUGGUGGUCCCGCUCCCCAGUUUGGUUUUGGUGGCUAUCCAGUCCAGCACCCGCUGCAUGCCAUUCCCGCUAGCAGUGAUGUCUCGGACAGUGAUUUUGCUAAGCUGCAGGCUCUCAACUAUGUACCCAGCGACUGUGGAGUCGAAACACUACCUCGUGAAGACUGGAGCAGUUCUGGUUUCACGACCUUGUCAUGGGACUGGUUCGUCAAGAAGCAUCAUGCCUUCAUCGAGGAUGUCUGCAAUAUGUGCUUUGUCUGA